GCGCAGAUCGAGUGUAAGUAACCGCCUCACUUGAGCCAUCCCCUUCCCUCCCAUCCCAUCAUCACCAUUUCAUUUUCUCCGAUAAUGAAGCUGCAAAACCCUAGCAAUGGCGGAACCAAGACCGUAUGCAACCCAGUGUUCCCUGUUUCCUCAACCAUUUAUGCGGGCGAAGCCUCUUAUUCGACCGAGGCUCACCGCUUCAGCGAGGACUUCGGCAGCACUUGCUCCACUCCCUACGUCAGCGCUCCUUCGAGCCCUGGCCGCGGCCCCCCAAGCUACUUCUACAGCGCGCCGGCCAGCCCGACUCACUACAUGCUGUCUGGCGGGUCGGCGGCCUUUGCUCCGACUACCUCGUCGGAGGCUUGCGUUUCCGCGUCGUUUGAGUUCGAAUUCUCCUCGCGGUUCUCGUCGAACGGGUCUGCAGCCGUCGGAUCGAUGAGCUCAGCCGACGAGCUGUUUCUGAACGGCCAGAUCCGGCCGAUGAAGCUGUCAACCCACUUGCAGAGGCCUCAGAUCCUGGCACCGCUGCUGGAUCUGGACGGUGAAGAUGAGGACGAAGAGACGCCUCGGGAAGGUAAGGAUUUGAAGGAAGAGCAGUUGGGGAAAUGCGAGUCAGCAGGGGCGAGAGGGAGGGAUCUGAGGUUGCGUAGCAGAUCCGUGCACCGGAAGACGAGAUCUCUGUCGCCUCUAAGGGAUGCUGCGGAGUUCCAGUGGCAGAAAGAUGAUGGAAAUGGCGAUCGAGAGUUGAGCGAGCGAGUGGCUUCGGAAUUGGAAGACCGGGAGCGUCGCAAGCAGAACAGCGACGUCGAAAGUACUAUUCCGUCUACGGAAACGACGCCGUCUGGUUCUGCUUCGUCGUCGAGAUCUUCGUCUUCCGGUCGAAACUCCAAGAAAUGGAUAUUCUUGAAGGACCUGUUGUAUAGGAGCAAGAGCGAGGGAAGUGAGAACUCGAAGGAAAAGUACUUCUGGUCCUCGAUGUCGUUCUCUCCCGCAAAAGAGAUAAAACUCCCUCCAUUACUCUCCAAAACAUCAUCUCUUAAUUUCUUUUCAAAACGAGAUAAUGAGAAAGAGAAACCUCCGACCACCAACUCAUCCGCAGCGAGCGACGUCCAAAAGGAUCCGGAGAAUAAUCGAAGCAAAAGAUUCACCGGCGCCAGAAAAGGAGCCUCCGGAAAACCAGCGAACGGCGUGGCGAAGCGGCGGAUCCCGCCGUCCCCUCACGAGUUGCACUACACCGCGAAUAGAGCUCAAGCCGAGGAAAUGAAGAAGAAAACGUUCCUUCCGUACAGGCAAGGGCUGCUUGGGUGCCUAGGGUUCAGUUCCAAGGGAUACGGCGCACUGAACGGCCUCACCAAAAGCUUAAACCCAGUCUCCUCCGGGUAGAGGCCGCGCGGCCCUGGCGUCCCUCCGUACAGUGGAGUACUGACCAUGGAUCGAUGAAUCUCUACUCUAGGUAGCUAGCUGUUUAGCUUCAUCAUCAGUUGUUAACUUGUUGAUGAAGUUGAAUAAUUCAUAUAGCCUGCCUAGCUACAAAUGAUCGAUCUCUCCAUUUUGCGUUGAGGAUCGAACAUAAACUCCAUAUUAAUUGUAUCCCGAUGAUUAAUUAACUAUGCCACCAAUCAUUUUAUAAUACAAGAACAUAUUUAGAUGGAA